AUGCCCUUAAACUUGCACAGGAUGGACGGUUAUCUUGAUGAGCUUAGAGCGACCGGACAAAAUACUCUCGCAUCAGCAGACCCAGAGCAGCUUCUGAAGACUCACCUGCCACACGUCCCGAGUGACCUAUUAUUGAAUCAGUGCAAAUUUCAGACCUAUGCCAAGCUGGAGGAUGUCCUCGAAGCUCGUGAUGCCAACAGAUCUGAAGUGACGCGCCACGACUCUCACCAUUUCCCCGACCGCCAGGCAACGUCCGUCGAAGUCCUUCAAGUAGAGACGCCAAGCACCAGCGACGAAGAAGACGAGAGCGAUGCUUUCGAAAUGAAGUUUAAGCGGCUGGGUUUAAGGCAUUUCAGUGCUUCAGAAGAUCCCUCGGACUCAGGGCAAAGACACUGCAAUAGAUCAUCAAACCCUCCCCCGAGCAGCUACCCUCAACACUACGAUAUUUCCUAUCGGCCAACGUCACUGAUCACUCCUGCCAUUGCGCAUGCUAUCGGUGACCUCUCGGCUUCUGAAAGCUCUGAUAUGGAUUUAUCCGAUGCUGAUGACGAGAGAAGCGCUGAACGAGGAAUAAAGCUCCAUCGUCAUCACCCUCAGAAAGAGGAACCGUACCCACAGAUCCCCCCAGAGCCUUCCCUUCAGCCUGUGCAACGUGAUGGGGCUUUCCCGGACGAUCCAUCUACUCUCCAUCUCGACAGUGCCACCGCUGACCUUCCCUUAAAACAUCACACCCGAGCUCGCACCUACCCCCUGCGUAUUCGGCCAGUGUCUACACACAUCAUUGACGCGACAACGCACCUCCAGUCGCAAUCUCAGGAGCAAGCAAAUAUCAUAACCCCCCCGUGCAACAGUAUUCAACCUCGGGGUUCCACACUCCAAGUUGAUCAGCCUCGACCCCUCCACCUGCAACCUCAUCCUGGACGCGCGCGCCCCCUACCACCAACCCGCCCUCGACCCCACUUUGCGCCCAACCCAGCCCCCAUAGCCGUGCCGCUUCCCCGUCGUUCUUCGAACCCUCGACCCCCUGUCUCUGCUGAGACCGAUGCUUUCUACAAGAGCCUAAAAUCAAAGCUCUGGAAACUAGCACAGGAGCUUGAAGCCAGAGGUGAUGCAAGUAGGGUAAGCAUUAAGAAUGAUGAAAUCCCAAGUCCCGAUAGCGAUAUAGAAGACAUGUGGGACCAAGAAGACGAUGAUGUACCGUGGGAUGAUGAGGCAGUGGAUGAGCAAUCGUUACAUGGAAGCGACAUUGAUGCCGUCCUAGACUCUUUAAAGAGAAGGAGCUCAAGUAUGGGUAUCGUCCGCAGAUUGAGCGAAGGACGUGGACGACGGGCUGCGAGGGAGCGUGCCGAGAGGGCCAGGUGUAACUGGCAGCGUGGUCCUGAUUGA